AUGGGGGAUACUCAGGUGCCGGAUGAGCAUGCCAGCCAUCAAUUAGAGACCUCCACCUCUGGCCGUGGAGAGGCAACUGCCAACCCCCUUAAUCAACCGAGGGUAUCCAUAGUUCAUCGAGGAAACCCUAGGGUACCCAUAGGCGUACCGAAUGAGCAUAUGUUUGGCGUAGAUUAUUUGGAGCCCAAUAAGAUGACCAUACGAGAGCUAGUCAAGCUUCGUGCUGAGUACUGUAUCCCGGAUUUAGUGAAGAUGAGGAUCCUGGGUCCUACCGAGUCUUUCAACAACCCAGACGAUGAGGGUUCGGUUGCCGUUACAACCUGCCGUGUAGAAGAUCCUUACCCAAAUCGAGUGGCCUUGAUGGGGGUGAUCGCUGCAUUCGGUAUUGUCGAGGAAGGGGAGCCUUCCUAUGAGCAAUUCUCCUACCUGUAUAGUGUUACCAAGUCUAAGAGUGCCAAUCAUGGAGGUUGGGUUCAGUGUCGUGCCAACUUCUCAAAAGUCUUAGAGGAAUCGGCGGGUGCUUUUGUCUGGCAAUUAGGAAUCGCCUUCGGGAAUGCCCGUCCGUUUCCACAUUCCCACCACUUUCUAGAUAGCUGGCAAACUAAAAUAGCCAAGCCCAACUCAAUCCGAGAUUCAGCAGGUUGA